AUGAUACUCCUACCUCGCUACUCAUUCCAGUCUUGGGGGAAGUUCCCUCCUGAUCGCGUGAGGACAGCAAUUCGGAGAAGAACUGCACAGGUCGGAGCAAGGCCGAGGCCGAGACCUGGAAAUGCCAGGCCAUGCUUAGGGAUAUUUCGGUACAACCUUCCUCUCCGGGUUUCGUCUACGAAUGUUGUUCAAUUCGUGUGCCUUUCAGGCGCACAGAACCUGCGGCUCCCCGUACGCCUUGACGAUUUUGCUGAGCCACAGUGGAAACAAGCCUCCCCGGGUUCUCCAGUUUCUCCUGCUUGUCCCGGGUCCCCACCGAGCCGGAGACGCUUCUCGUGGAAGCAGCUCAUCUCAUUCGCGGGUGACCCAAACAUAUCGGCCCGAGACGGGGAGAAAGACUCCAAUUCUGUGUGUCAGACGGCGAUGUCAUGUGAAGCCCGGAAGCCUUGCAUUACUACACAGUAUCACUCGUCUGAUGCCGCGUCUUGGUGGCAGAUGAACUCCGAUAGAGGGAUGCAUCUUGACCACCCUACUCCGUUAGAUAACGGGCUCGCUACUCUUGGGAGGGAAGUUGGGGGAGUGCUUCAGAUCCUGGUUGUCUGGCCUAAAGGGAGCCCAGUGGUUGGUUAUCAUAUAAUCGAAGGUGGCCAAAGUUCCGGAGUUACCGUGGCACGCCGAGAGAAGUUGGUUGUCCAUGGCGAAAUCCGUGAUCCGUGA